CAGUGAAAAUCUGGCCAAUAUGUUUAUGCCCAAAACAUCACAUUAAACAUAAAAGCCGAACAAGAUCUCCCUGGCCAGACCCAUUGGAGCCCAGAGAACCCUACAUUGUUACCCUCUUGCUUAUAAUGAACAACGUGUCAUUUUUCAUGCACUACACCUAGUUCGCAACUGGACAACGUGUAGCAGAAGCUAUCGUUUUCCCCUUCUUAAGCCUCACUCUCUAAACUGUUCAAAAUCGCUUCUGCAAUUCUGUUCAUGCAUUGUUUUCUUCGAUGUAUCUCAGUAAAUGAGGUCCUUAAAAGAUGGACUGAUGCGACAUGUCCGAUCCAUAAAGUCUGGUUUCACACUACCAAUCUUAACCUCAAAUCAACUCGUUCAUUUAUACUCCAAGCAUUGCCUUAUAAAUGAAGCACAGAAAUUGUUCGAUGAAAUGCCUAAAAGAAACACUUACUCCUGGAACACUAUAAUAUCUGCCCACAUAAAAUCCCAAAACUUAGCACAGGCAAAAUCCAUUUUUGAUUCUGCUUCUGUUAGGGAUUUGGUCACUUAUAAUUCUAUGUUAUCGGGUUAUGUUAGUGUGGAUGGAUAUGAAAGAAAUGCCCUUGAAUUGUUUGUUGAAAUGCAAAGUAAAAGAAUUGAGAUUGAUGAUCUUACUAUUACAAGCAUGGUUAACUUGUUUGCUAAGUUAUGUAAUUCGUGUUAUGGGAGGCAAUUGCAUUCAUAUAUGGUGAAAACCGGUAAUGAUAGAAGUGGGUUUGUUGUGAGUUCUUUGAUUGACAUGUAUUCUAAAUGUGGGUGUUUUAAAGAGGCUUGGCAGGUAUUUAAAGGUUGUGAAAGAGAAGGAGGUUUUGAUUUGGUCUCAAAGAAUGCGAUGGUGGCAGCGUAUUGUAGAGAAGGGGAUAUGGAAAUGGCUUUGAGGUUGUUUUGGAGGGAAAGUGAGUUGAAUGAUUCGGUGUCAUGGAAUACAUUGAUUUCGGGUUAUGUUCAAAAUGGUUAUCCAGUGGAGGCACUGAAGUUGGUUGUGUGUAUGGGGGAGAAUGGUGUUAAAUGGAAUGAACAUACUUUUGGUAGUGUUUUAAGUGCUUGUGCUGAUUUAAGGAACUUGAAGAUUGGCAAGGAAAUGCAUGCUUGGAUUUUGAAGAAUGGACUGGGUUCGAGUGCUUUUGUAGAAAGUGGCAUUGUUGAUGUUUACUGCAAGUGUGGGAAUAUGAAGUAUGCAGAGUCAGUGCAUUUGACAGGGGGGGUCAGAAGUUCCUUUUCCAUCACUUCAAUGAUUGUGGGGUAUUCGUCACAAGGAAACAUGGUGGAAGCUUGUAGGCUUUUUGGUUCUUUGGAAGAGAAGAAUUCUAUUGUUUGGGCUGCAUUAUUUAGUGGUUAUGUCAAAUUGAAGCAAUGUGAAGCUUUUUUUGAGCUUCUACGAGAGUAUAUAGCCAAGGAAGCUGCGAUUCCUGAUGCUUUGAUCCUUAUCAGUGCAUUUAACGUGUGUGCAUUCCAAGCUGCCCUUGGUCCUGGGAAGCAAAUCCAUGGUUAUGUAUUCAGAAUGGGGAUUGAAAUGGACAUGAAGACGACUACAGCUAUGAUUGAUAUGUACUCAAAAUGUGGAAGUAUACCAUACGCAGAAAAACUGUUCCUGAAAGUUAUUGAAAGAGAUUUAGUCCUUUACAAUGUUAUGCUUGCUGGUUAUGCUCAUCACGGGCAUGAGAUUAAAGCUAUAAAUUUGUUUCAGGAAAUGUUGGAGAGAGGAGUUGGACCAGAUGCCGUUACUUUUGUUGCACUUCUGUCAGCUUGCCGUCACCGUGGAUUGGUUGAUUUGGGUGAAAAAACAUUUUAUUCCAUGACAGAAGAUUAUCACAUACUGCCUGAAACUGAUCACUAUGCAUGCAUGAUUGAUCUUUAUGGAAGGGCUAGCCAACUAGAAAAGAUGGUCCUGUUCAUGCAAAGAAUUCCUGUGGAGCAUCAGGAUGCCGCUGUCGUUGGGGCAUUUUUUAAUGCAUGCAGGCUAAAUAAUAACACAGAAUUAGCAAAAGAGGCAGAGGAGAAACUGUUAAAUAUUGAAGGUGAUAGUGGAGCUCGUUAUGUGCAGUUGGCUAAUGUUUAUGCUGCAGAAGGGAACUGGGCUGAGAUGGGGAGGAUUAGGAGGGAGAUGAGAGGAAAGGAGGCCAAGAAGUUUGCUGGUUGCAGUUGGGUAUACUUGGAUAAUGAGGUCCAUUCAUUUACCUCUGGUGAUAGAACCCAUACAAAAGCAGAGUCUAUCUAUUCGAUGCUGGAGUUCUUGAUGGCAGAAUUAUAUGAAAUCGCUGGGGCAUUCCGUUAGAUAAUGUUUUGAAUGUUGGCAUGCCAACAUGGUUCAAAAGCUUGCACAACCUGCAAUGAGGAUGAAGAGUUGGAGACUUCGAGUAGCCGCAGAUGUUUAGCAGGUGUAUUGAAAUAUUCAAAAGCUAGUCUAUCGUGAGAGCACUUCAUGAUUGUCUUUAUUGGGAAAGAUGAGAAGAUCAUGUUCUAAUUCCAAUGGCCCUUUCUGGAUAAAUAACUGAAGCUUUUGAGGAGAACUGUUACUGAAGCCAAAGCAAACAUCCAGACGAAGAAAUGCUGUAGAGCAAAGAUGUUUAGUGUAGAAGCAACCAUCGCAACUGUUCUGUUUCUAGGACUCGAAAUUCUUCCAAGCCCGAGGUCAAGUCUCCCAAGGAUUUUGAACAGCACGUUUAGGCUAUCCUUCCCACAUACUAUGUGCAUUUUAUAAACUGAAAGUGUGGUAACAUGCUUCGGCAAGAGUUAAGCCACAGUUUUAGCAUGGUUUCGUAAAUGCUUCAGCAGCACUACCUUGGUUUUUGAGCUUUUAUGCUUCAGCAACACCACCUUGUUUUUUGAGAAUUAUAUAGAUAAAUCCUUUUGAUUUGGCUCAAAA